AUGAAAUCUUGCUUCGCCGUCUCCCUCUCUCUUUCCUUCUUCGUCAUCAGAAUUUUCAGUACUGAACUUAAACCUAUUUACGUUGGUCAUAAUUGCUCAAACACCGCCCUCUUCACUCCCAACUCCACUUACCAGUCAAACCUCGAGACCCUCCUUUCUUCCCUCUCCACCGCCGCCAUCAACAGCUCCAAUGGCUUCGACAGCGCCGCCGUGGGCCGAAGCCCUCCGGACCGGGCCUACGGGCUGUUCCUCUGCCGCGGCGACCUCAGCCCCAGAAUGUGCGGUGACUGCGUGGCCACUGGAAAAGUGGAGAUCCUCCAAAAAUGCCCCAACCAGCGAGUCUCCGUAAUCUGGUACGCUGAGUGCAUGUUGCGGUACUCGAACCAGCCCAUCUUCUCGGUCAUGGAGCGAGAGCCGUAUGCGAAUGCGUCUAACACCGAGAAUGUCAUCGACUCAACUCGGUUCGCGCAGCUCCUGGGAGAAAAGCUGAAUGACGUCGCCACGAGGGCUUCGGCUGGCGGGUCAGCGAAGACGGUUGCGGUGGCACAGGCGGACUUCACGAACUCGAAGAAGUUGUACACACUCGCGCAAUGCACUCCGGACUUGACAGCUUCAGACUGUGACACGUGCCUCCAGUUCGGGAUCAGCAAUCUGGUUCAGGAGAAGCAAGGUGGGAAGGUGGUCACUCCGAGCUGCAACGUGAGGUACGAGUUAUACGCCUUUUACUACGCCAGCCUCCUGCCGGAGCCAGUGCCUCCGCCUCCCGCUCCGAUAACCGGACGUAAAGGCAGACUUAGGAGCGAGAUGUCACUAUUGCCCAAGCGGUUGAGGCCGCUGCAGCUGUUGCCAUUAAUGGCAACAAUGGAAAUCAAGGACAGGGACAGAGGCGACCUUGAGGCUGCAUCACUUUGGAUAGAAGAAUUAGAAAAAGCUUUCGACGUAUUGGGGUGUACGGAUGAGGAGAAAGUAACGUUAGCAGUGUAUCAGUUGCAAGGAAAUGCAAAUGAUUGGUGGAAAGCCACCAGAGGAAGAGUGUUCCCGGUUAAUACCGUCCAGACUUGGGCGAUGUUUGUGGAAACCUUUAAUGUUUGCCCCGAGGAUGGUGGAGGAUCCAUUGGACAGAGCUCGGAGGUUCUGGGAUGGUUUGAAGCCGGACCUUCGCAGCCAGAUGAUUUCUCUGAAUUUAAAGGAUAA